CGGCUCCUGCCCGGCAUCACCGGGCGCGGGCCCCGCCCCGCCGUGCGGCAGCGCAGCGCGCCGGGCCCCCACGUGCAGCGGGCCGGGCCGGCAUGGGCAAGCGGCGAGCCGGGCGGGAGCUGCUGCGCAGCCUGAGCAAGAAGCAGAAGAAGCACCUGCGGGAGUUCGGCGAGGAGCACCCGUUCUAUGACAAGGUUUCUGGAAGACCAGAAGAAACUCAAAUAUGUGAAUUGUCUGAGGAUUCUGAUAAAUCAAGUAAAGAAAGUGAUUCAGAGACUGAAGUGGAACAGGUCUCUGGAUAUCAUAAGCUCCUGGCUACUCUGAAGACCUCGCCUGAGUCUGAGAGUGAGGAAGAGGAAGAUGAAAGUGAAUCAGAAGAAGCUGAGGAAAGUGAGGCAGAAGUGGACAGUGAAGGGUCCCAGAAGACUGGAGAAGUAGAGGAAGGUGAAGAAGAUAAGAAUGACGUUCCAGAGGAGGAAGCAGCCACAGACACAGCAGAGCAGACGCUCAGCCAGGAGCAGGCUGAUGGCACAGAUACCUCUUGUGACCCACGUCAUGGAGUAAUUGAGGAGUUUACUGAUGUGAAACACGAAUCUGAAUUUAGCUUGGAAACCAAUUUCAUGGAAGAGGAGAGUGGAGAUUGCAAUGCAGAUAGGAGAGACAGCAGUUCUUCACAAGAUCUUCCAGAAGAUCCAUUUAAGCAGCACAUGGACAAAGAACUUGAAGAAAAGGAAAUAAAGAAAAUGUCUACGCUUCCUAAAACUUCAAGUCAAAGUCAGUGGCCAAGGCUGGGUCAAGUAAUUUUUUCUUCCACUUUGGAGAAACAUAAAACUUUGAAAGCAGACAAAGAAGUUGAUGUGAAACAGCUUCAUCUCCACAAGCCUUUGGAAUCCACUUGGCCAAAAGUGAAUAAACAAUUUCUGUCUGCAGUGGACAAACCAACUGAUUCCCCUUUUACCCCAUUACAAAGAGAGCUCUUCUGUAUCAUGAAUUCGUACCGGGACUUGUUCUACCCAGAAAGAAACGCUUUAACAAACGGAGAGGAGAUCCGGCACGCUUACUGCCUGCAUGCCUUGAACCAUGUCCUCAAGGCCAAUGCCCAGGUGCUCAGCAACAAUGCCAAACGGAGGGAUCGAAAGCCAGGCACUGACACCGACGACCACAGGGACCAGGGGCUCACCAGGCCUAAGGUACUGAUGAUAGUGCCCUUCAGGGAAUGUGCUCUGCGGAUUGUGCAUAUUUUCAUCAGUCUCCUCGAAGUGAAUGACAAGAAAAAAAUAGAUGUAAGUAGUAAGAAGCGCUUCAAAGGGGAGUUUGGCUCUGACCCAGAAGAGAAGCCCCCCAACCUGAAAAGACCUGAAGAUUAUGAAGCUGUCUUUGCUGGCAACAUUGAUGACCACUUCAGAAUUGGGGUUGCGAUUCUGCAGAAGAGCAUGAGACUCUAUGCACCCUUCUACUCCUCAGACAUCAUCAUUGCCUCUCCCCUGGGCAUCAGGACUGUCAUUGGUGCAGAGGGGGAGAAGAAAAGAGAUUUUGAUUUUCUGUCAUCAAUAGAAAUCCUCAUAAUUGAUCAAGCAGACAUUUACCUGAUGCAGAACUGGGAACACGUUCUGCACCUGGUGAAGCACAUUAACCUGCUGCCUCUGGAUUCCCACGGGGUGGACUUUUCCCGAGUGCGGAUGCUGAAUCUCAACAACUGGUCCAAGUACUACCGGCAGACGCUGCUGUUCAGUGCCCUCCAGGACCCCCAGAUUAACUCUGUCUUCAACAAACACUGCUUCAAUUACAUUGGGCAGGUGGCCGUCCGCAACGUGCCUCUCACUGGCUCCAUCAGCCACGUUGUGGUCCAGCUUCCUCAUGUUUUCCGGAGAUUAGAAGCUGACAGUGUAACUUCUGUGAUAGAUGGAAGGUUUCAGUUUUUUGUCGACAAAGUUCUGCCCGAGUACCGCGAUGCCAUCAUGUCCCACACGCUCAUUUACGUCCCGUCCUACUUUGACUACGUGCGCCUGCGAAACUACUUCAAGAAAGAGGACCUGAAUUUCACUCACAUCUGUGAAUACACGAAAAAGGCUGCUGUCUGCAGAGCCAGGCGCUUCUUUCUCAAGGGAGAGAAGCAGUUCUUAUUGUUCACUGAGCGCUUCCACUUCUACAAAAGGUAUACGAUCAAAGGCAUUAGGAACCUCAUUUUCUACGAGCUACCAACAUACUCCCACUUCUACAGUGAGAUUUGUAACAUGCUGAAGGCCACAGACAGUGGUGUGGAUGCUACUUGGACUUGUACUGUGCUCUACUCCAAGUAUGAUGCUCAGAAAUUGGCUGCAGUGGUUGGCAUAGACCGCACAGCUCAAAUGCUACAGUCCAAGAAGAAUGUGCACCUCUUUGUUACAGGAGAAAAUGAUUAAGUGAUUCUACAGACUGGAUGAUUGGAUGGACCUGCAUUUUACUCCUAAUGCAGAUUUUUAUAUUGCUUUUUAAAAAAGUAUUAAACUUUUUACUCCCUUUUGUUAAAUACUCUGUUGAAAUUGUUUGUAUAGUAUUAAAUUUUGUAUUUCAGUACUCUGCCCAACAAGAAAUGAAAGAUGUAAUUGAAAAAAGCAGGGCUUAGGAGGUGUUUUCUGUGUAGAAACAAAAUCAAUUCAGAACUAUUUUUCGUGUAUAAUAAAAAACUCAUGGGUCAGUAAAGAUUCAUGCAGUGAUAAAUAGC